AUGGAAACUUAUUAUUAUAGUGAUGAUGAUGAUUCAGCAUACAUUGAUAUUCCAGAAACAAGAUAUCCAGACAACUCAAGUCUCACGGUUCCAGGUAUUAUUUCUCGAAGAAGUUCUGACACUGGUUCUAACGCAGAACCUGAGGAAAUCGCUGUCAAGGAUAUUGUUCAAAUCGUUUGUUCACCUAAAAUGAAAUAUGUAGCUACUACGUAUAAAUUUAGAUAUGGAUCAUCUACCAAUACUAAUGACUCACAGGAUGGAGGGGAGAAAAAGGAUAAGACGGAUAUGUAUGAUGAAGGUGGCAAAAUUAGGGAAGCAACCCUAUGGUUAGUAAAUAAAUCGGCUGAAAAGAAAUUGAAGUGGGUAUCUGCGAUUAAGGGGCAUCAAAUUAAGGAACCAAAACCUGUAUUAUGGGCUGUUUCGGACGAUAAGUACAUUGUAUUUAAGACAAACUAUUUUUAUUAUAAUUUUGAAUUAUUCGAUGCGAAAGGGGCACGCAUAGAUCUUUUCUUUCCUAACCCUCGCAAUUUUGUAAAUCAACUAGCUUUCGUCCCGGAUGGCGAUCAUAACAAUUUAGUAGUAGCUCUGACCGAACCUAUGCAUCAAAUUUAUGUAUUCAAACUAAAAAAUAGAGAAUGGUUUUUAUAUAAUAAAUAUGAGUUAUCAUAUUUUUGCGAUGCCUUCAUUACCAUUGAAGGAAAACUGAUAUUAUUCGACGACCAGAUAUUUCAAUUAACUAAAUGGAAUGUUAAGGAUUUGAAGUUUGAAACAAAUUGUAUGAUCGAUUGGUGUUAUAAAGUUAGGCUUGUAGAAAUAAACCAGGGUGGAGAACUUUUGGCUGUUUAUGCGGUUUAUUUACAGGAAGAAACACCAAAGAAAUCUAGGAUUUACAUUUAUUCUCUUAGAAGUGGGAUUAAUAUAGCUUUUCAUGAUUAUGACGAAAAAAUAGUUGUAGACUGCAUCUACUUUAUUGCUUAUGAAGCUGGAGAACGUCUACUUAUUAAAUCACACAAUCAGUUUAACGAAGAACGAUAUAUUGACUUGAUGGAUCCAUUUAAUCUUAAAAAACCUGUUUCUGCUAAGAAAUUAUUUGAAUCUGACGUGCAGAUUCGAGACCCGUAUAUAAUAAAAUCCGAUAAAGAAUCUGAUAAUGCUAUCGGUAUAAUAGAUGAAAAUUUGGACAUCUAUGACCUAGUUAAACCGAGUAAUUGGAUAGAAUACAUACGGAAAGAGCUUGGCGAUUAUAAUAGGAUAUAUGUACUUUCUGAUUGUGAAUAUAUUGCAAACAUGAUUAAAGAUGAAUUAAAAGGAAAAUAUUUCAAUGGAUCAGAAGUUCCACCGGAGGAAAGCGACGAAUAUCCUUUCCAAGGUAGCUUUUUGACAUGGAAUUUACAUUACAAAAAACAAGGUAAUAGACCUGGUUACCAGGUUGAAAUAGAAGCCCAAAUAUAUGAUCAAAAUAAUAAUUCUUGGAGACCAGUAGAAGGAGAAUCUAAAAGAUCCAUAAAUCCCAACUUUCAACCUCCAGAACACACGAAAAAACUUAAAAUUAUGAAAUGUAAAUGCCUUGCUAAUGAUGAUUUACUCAUGUUAACUAAUUUUGGAAUCUUAGUAUGGACAGUUCAUCCACAAAAAGGAGUUAGAUUACAUUGUUAUUGGGGAAGAGCAAGAAUUAGAAAUGAAAAAAGAUUCAAUUUAUAUUUAGGAAAUCCAGUUGAAAACCCAUUCAAAUUAUUAGAUGACUAUAUCUCUGACAAAUUUUUUAUAAUCAAUUAUGGUUCAACUCUAAUGGAAACCUUUUUAUUUUUAAAAGAAGAUGAGUUGGUUGAAAAAUUUUGUAAGCAAUGUUAUGACAUAACUUUCUCAAGCGAAGGUCUUAGAUCUACCUCAGAUAUUCAACUAUUAUCCAUCAUAAUUGAAUUCUUUCCUCAAUUAUUGCGAAGGCAUCCAAUUUAUUUGGCUAGAUUUUUAUCUCAAACUGCAUUUGUGAUGCCGUUAGCUGAUCCUGAUAUGAUAUUGGAUAGUGAGAUUGUUAGUUUGUUGCCUACUCAACAUCUAUAUCAUUUUGGAACUUACAAUCAACCAUCAACAAAAACUUCUUUAAUUGAUACAUUUGUUUCAAAUAUUACUUUUUAUUGGAAUAAGUUGAUGCAUAGAUCAAAACAAGAAAUGGACAUCUCUCAACCAUCUGUUACUCAUAAUAAAGCUAUUCCGGAUUCUGAGGCUACAAGUGGAGAAUGGAAAGGAUUUGAAAAACCCGUUUUUUCUCAAAUUCUAUUAAAAGCCGUACAAGCCGAAGAACUUGAGACUAGUGAUGAAAAAGCGAGCAUUGAUGAGUUGAAAGAUGAGAUUAAAGAUUUAAAAGAAAAGUUAAUGAAGUUUAUUAAUUCUAAUAGAAGAGAUGAACAAGCUACGUGA